AUGGCACAGCGCGCCCACAAGGAAGGGCUGUGCAAUAUCAACAUUUUAUGUUUGGCAUUUAUUUUCUGUCUCAUAAGGCCAGUUGAUGCAAAGCCACUUCCUGCAAAUGUUUUGCCUUCUUCAUCCUCGCUGGAGCACAUGACUUUGAUCAACCCUGUUCAGAACAACCCCGAUGUCACAACUCCAAAACAAACCAAUUUUUUAAACACAUUGCUUGGACAAUUUGAGAGUUUGCUGGUGAAAGGUGAGACAGGAAUCCAGAAAUUAGCCUAGGCCUAGCGUUAACAGAGAGAAGUCAGAGAGGCAAAUGUCUAAGCUUGAGUUGGGGCAACAUUUGACAUUUACCUCUGAUUUUCCACAGAUGGUACUUCUCCAGGUAAUGUGGACCAGGUGACUCAAGGAUAUCCCGAACCCUACACAAAUGCUAAAGACCCCCAGAGGCAUGUGAAGGCCCUAAUGUCUGUUCUACAGACUUACAAGACGCAAACAGCAUCACAUGGUGAUUUGCCCUUUAUUCUGUUCCUACUCUUUGUGUGAAUGCGCAAACCUGUGUGAAUUUCACAAUUGUUGAAUUGUAAAAUCCAUUGUGAAAUGGAUUUUGAAAUGGAUUGUACAUUUUGUUCCGAUGCAGGUAAUGAUCACGUCUUCAAACUGUGGGGAAAAGCUCCAAAAGCAAAGAAGAGCACCAAUGAAAUCAAAUCCAGAGUCAACAUAUUGACAGACCCCACUUACUCCGAGCCACUUGUGAAAGUUAACAUGAUUUUGGGCAUCUUUUUCUACGGCUUCAUCGUGAUAGGUAGCUACAUAACAUUUUGCUGUCUUUUUACUGCAUGGAAAUGUAUUGUUCUGCUUCAUGAGUUGAUAUUGACAUAGCUAUAAUGUAGAAUGUUCUGCUUUGUAUGUUAACAUGAGCAACAGCUGGGGUUUGUUCCAGCUACAAUGUUAUCGUGUUUGUUCUGUGCCUGGGACUUUUUCAUCAGUGUUUAUCUAUGACUCUGUCCGAGUCUCCAUGGAGGCCAGAAGGAGAUCUGAUGCUCUAGCUGCUGCCAGGCUGAAGAGAAAAGAACCACCCCCUUUUGAACCACAGUCAACUUUAUCCAAA